UCCUAGGGUGCAGUAGAGCCCAUGCAGAUAGAUGUGGAUCCACAAGAAGAUCAGCAAAAUGCACCUGAUAUCAACUAUGUGGUGGAGAACCCCACUCUGGACCUGGAGCAGUACGCCUCCAGCUACAGCGGCCUGAUGCGCAUCGAGCGGCUGCAGUUCAUUGCUGACCACUGCCCUCAGCUGCGGGUGGAAGCUCUCAAGAUGGCCCUGUCCUUUGUCCAGAGAACCUUCAAUGUUGACGUGUAUGAAGAAAUCCACAGAAAGUUGUCUGAGGCCACCAGAGAACUGCAGAAUACACCUGAUGCUGUCCCUGAUAGUGGAAUUGAACCCCCUCCUCUUGACACAGCUUGGGUUGAAGCUACACGCAAAAAAGCUCUUCUUAAACUGGAGAAACUCGACACAGAUCUGAAAAAUUACAAAGGGAACUCCAUCAAGGAGAGUAUCAGGAGAGGCCACGAUGACUUGGGUGACCAUUACCUCGACUGUGGAGACCUCAGCAACGCUCUCAAGUGUUACUCGCGAGCCCGUGAUUACUGCACCAGUGCUAAACAUGUUAUCAACAUGUGCCUCAAUGUCAUCAAGGUCAGUGUCUACCUCCAGAAUUGGUCUCAUGUUCUGAGCUAUGUGAGCAAGGCUGAGUCUACACCAGAAAUUGCAGAACAAAGAGGGGAAAGAGACAGCCAGACACAAGCUAUUCUCACCAAACUGAAAUGUGCAGCAGGCUUGGCUGAGCUGGCUGCUCGGAAGUACAAGCAGGCAGCAAAGUGCUUCUUGUUGGCAUCAUUUGAUCACUGUGACUUCCCUGAGCUGCUGUCCCCCAGCAAUGUGGCUGUCUAUGGUGGUCUCUGUGCUCUCGCUACCUUUGACCGUCAGGAACUGCAGCGGAACGUUAUCUCCAGCAGUUCCUUCAAAUUGUUUCUGGAGCUGGAGCCACAGGUUCGUGACAUAAUCUUCAAGUUUUAUGAAUCCAAAUAUGCUUCAUGCCUGAAGAUGCUAGAUGAGAUGAAGGACAACCUGCUGCUGGAUAUGUACCUUGCACCUCAUGUCAGGACACUUUAUACCCAGAUUCGAAAUCGUGCCCUUAUCCAGUACUUCAGCCCCUAUGUGUCAGCAGACAUGCACAAGAUGGCCAUGGCUUUUAACACCACAGUGGCUGCUCUGGAGGAUGAGCUGACUCAGCUGAUCCUGGAGGGACUGAUCAAUGCCAGAAUAGACUCGCACAGUAAGAUUCUUUAUGCUCGAGACGUAGAUCAGCGCAGCACAACUUUUGAGAAGUCUUUGCUGAUGGGCAAGGAAUUCCAGCGCCGCGCCAAGGCCAUGAUCCUGCGCGCCGCUGUCCUGCGCAACCAGAUACACGUCAAGUCUCCUCCAAGAGAAGGUAGCCAAGGGGAGCUUACUCCAGCUAACAGCCAGUCCAGGAUGAGCACCAACAUGUGAAAAUCUUCGAGCACUACCAAAAUAAAUGAUCCCUCUAUGACCAUACCCAGUGUCUCACCCACUAACUGCUGAGCUUCAGAAACUAUCCCUGUCUCCCUCACUUUUUGCUAAGAUGAGAGGGCAGGGGCUGAUGAUGGAAAAGAUGAAUAUUCCAGUAACUUAAAUUAUCCUUGGAAAAAAAUUAUUUUAAAAACAGCAUCCCUGCAAUGGGUCAUAAUUUCCAUUUGGUAGAACAACUUCCUUCUUUCUCCCUCUUCCACCACUCCAUUAAGAGAUGUCAGGUUGUUCAUACAGAUGCUGAUUUGAGAAUUUUUCAACUGUUAUUAGUCUUGUUUCAAAGCUGCAAAAAUAGUUACUGUUAAGUUGAAUGAACAGGCAUGAUCUAAGAUGAAUUUCACUGGCCUGAAAGUACUGUCUUGAUUCUGGAGCAAUGCUGAGCUUUCUGUUUAU